GACUAGUUUAGCCAACGUCCGGUGACAAAACUACGCAUUUUAAGCAGCAGUAGUCAAAAUCACCACGGGGGCCGCACGCUAAAAAAAAAAACCAUACGCGUGUGUAGUUCGUGGAUAAACCCCAAGAAAUAAAAAGAAAAAAAAAAAAAGAGAGAAUAAAUAAUUAUUUUUAUAAUACGUGUAAUAAGUCAAGUUAAAUCGUGGUUAAAAAAAAAAAAAAAAAAAUUCAAUAAAUGUUGAUUAAAAUUGACUUAAAAUAAUAAUAAAUAAUAUUAUAAAUAAUUGUGUUAAAAAUUGGGUGUGACAAAGUUAUUGGGUACAUUAAACUUUCAUAAAAAAAAAAAGGAAAAAGAAAAAAGAAAUUUUCUUUCAUUGAAAAAUAUGGCGAACAGCGUAGCACCAGAUUCAUGGGAACAGCAGGCAGAUAAUUGUGACACCAACACCGCAGACAGUAAUUUUCUCGAGGGUAAAUUUUCAACUUUAAAUGUUAAUGCUGCUGAAUUUGUGCCUUCAUUCUGCAUAAAUUCAGCACCAGAAGCAACAACACCUUGUGUUAAUAGCAGUGUCGUGAAUACUGUGGAUAUCAAUACAACCGGGACAACAACUUUAAACAAGAUCAACGAUGAUCAUGAUGAUAAACCAAUUGUCGUCGACAACACAAUCACCGAUGAUGUACCUGUCGCGACCACUUUUGUACCACCAGAGACUCAUCAUGCUGCACCUGUACCAGCAUUACCACCAGAUCCUGUUGCUGAUAAAGUUGAAGAGCCACCAGCUGGUGGAGGUGGAGAACCACCAGUAUCAUCAACAACAACAACAUCAACAGUAGCACCAGCAGCAGUAGUUACAUCUGUAGCGAGUGAUCAAGAUGCUAAUAAUAGUAGCCCAGAACAUCAACCAGCUGAUUCAUGGGAAGAAGCUGCUGUUGAUGCUGAUCCACUUAUAACUCCCGAUAACGAAGAGGCUGAUAUUGAAGAAGAUGAAGAAGCUGAAGUUAUUAAAAUACCGAAAAAAAAACCAAUAAAAAUAAUUGAAGAUUCAAAAAGUAAAAAAGAACAUGUUAAUGUUGUAUUUAUUGGUCAUGUUGAUGCUGGUAAAUCAACAAUUGGUGGUCAAAUAAUGGCAUUAACUGGUAUGGUUGAUAAACGUACACUUGAAAAAUAUGAACGUGAAGCUAAAGAAAGAAGUCGUGAAACAUGGUAUUUAAGUUGGGCACUUGAUACAAAUUCAGAAGAACGUGAAAAAGGUAAAACAGUUGAAGUUGGUAGAGCAUAUUUUGAAACAGAUAGAAAACAUUUUACAAUACUUGAUGCACCUGGACAUAAAAGUUUUGUACCAAAUAUGAUUGGUGGUACAGCACAAUCUGAUUUAGCUGUACUUGUUAUAUCAGCACGUAAAGGUGAAUUUGAAACUGGUUUUGAUAGAGGUGGACAAACACGUGAACAUGCUAUGCUUGCUAAAACAGCUGGUGUUAAACAUCUUGUUGUAUUAGUUAAUAAAAUGGAUGAUCCAACUGUUGAAUGGGAUCAAGGUAGAUACGAUGAAUGUAAAGAUAAAAUAUUACCGUAUUUAAAAAAAUUAGGUUUUAUACAUGGUAAAGAUUUAACAUUUAUGCCUGUAUCUGGACAACUUGGUAUUGGUUUAAAAGAUCCAAUACCAAAAGAAUUAUGUACAUGGUAUGAUGGUCCAGCAUUUAUACCAUUUAUUGAUGCAUUACCAUCACUUAAUCGUACAAGUUCUGGUCCAUUUAUAAUGCCAAUUGUUGAUAAAUAUAAAGAUAUGGGUACUGUUGUUAUGGGAAAAGUUGAAGCUGGUGAAGCUAAAAAAGGACAAGCAUUACUUGUUAUGCCAAAUAGAACAACAGUAUUUGUUGAUCAAUUAUGGUCUGAUGAUGAAGAAGUUACAGCUGUUGGUCCUGGUGAAAAUGUUAAAAUUAAACUAAAAGGUAUUGAAGAAGAAGAUGUUAGUCCUGGUUUUGUAUUAUGCGAUAAUAAUUUACCAAUUAAAACUGGUAAAAUAUUUGAUGCUCAAGUUGUUAUAUUGGAACAUAAGAGUAUCAUUUGUGCGGGUUAUAGUGCUGUUAUGCAUAUACAUUGUGCUGCUGAAGAAGUUACUGUUAAAGCAUUAAUUUGUCUUGUUGAUAAAAAAACUGGUGAAAAAAGUAAAUCAAGACCGAGAUUUGUAAAACAAGAUCAAGUUGCCAUUAUGAGAAUAGAAUGUGCUGGAGUUAUUUGCCUUGAACAAUUCAAAUUAUUUCCCCAAAUGGGUAGAUUCACUCUCAGGGAUGAAAAUAAAACCAUUGCUAUUGGCAAGGUGCUAAAGGUCAUCGAGUAAAUUUAAAAAAAUAACAAAAUACAAAAAAAGAUAAAAAUACUUUGCUCAACUUUAUCGAUCAUUGCUGCUGCCGAUUAAUUAAUGACAAAAUUAUAUAUAUAUUAAUAAAAUAAUAAUAAUGAAAGAAAAAUGGAACGAAAUUUUGAAAAUGUUUUGGUCAAUCAUUAUGAAACAUUUUAUAUAUUUAAAAAAAAAAUAAUACAACUUAAAAAAUAAAUAAAGUAAAUUAACAACGCAAGCAACGCAUUGAGCGUUAUCAGUGAUAGUAAACUCCACGAUAAUACAAAGUGAAUUUAAUAAUAAACAAUUAUAUUAUAGCAAGAAAAAAAAAUGAAAUGAAAAAAAAUAAACAAUAACGGCAUGUAUAGUUAAAUAACCGAUCGUUUUAGCCUUCGUUAUUGAAGUGAUUAAAUUUUUUUGGUAAUGCGAUUAAAUAUAUAACUGGCCUCGAUAAAAAUACAACAACAAUAAUUAACAAUAAUACUUGUUUUUUUUUUUCUCUUCAAUUGUUUUUUUUUUUUUUUUAAUAUAUAAAAUCAAAACUAUUCUCACGUCGAUCAUGUUUAUUUAUAUUUUAAUUAAUUAUUAAUUAUUAUUAUUAUUAUUAUUAUUAUAAAAGUAUAUAUAUUUUUACUUCCUAAACAACAAAAGUUGAUGAUUUAAAAAAAAAAUUAAUGAGAUUAGUGAUCGCGCGUGUCAUACACAAAUUAAAUAAAUAUAAAAAAAAAAUAAAUAUAUAUAUUAUUCAAGUGUGACAAUCAUCUGGCGCAUUGAUUCAUAUUUUUUAUUAAAAAAAAAAAAAUUAGUUAAUAUUAUAAUAAUUUUUGUUUAUGUAUGCAAAGGAUUAGUUAUUAAAGGCCUCGAUCAACGACGUUAUUGAAUCACAUUAAACAUUUAUUUUUUAUUUUAUAUAAGAAAAACAAAAAAAAAAGGAAAAAAAAUAAUACGUCGUGAUCCAACA